AUGGCCUUCCCGGGUAUUCUAGUAAGAGGGCUCGGGAUCGACUUUCCGCACCGGAGCCCUCUCAGCACCUGGAAGGAGCUACGUACUCCCCCUCCCCUCCACACGGAAGUGGGCCACACCGCCCCGUCGUCGUCCUUGCGGCUGUCAAACUUACUUACGGACUUACUUGCUAACGGAGCCCCCGCUACGAUCGCCCGCAGCUGCGAAGGGGAGCGAAGGCUGGUGAAAACAGCAAAAGGAGCAACAUUACUUCUCCUCAACGGUUAUACGUACAGCAAGAACAGCACCGUGCGCGGCGGAGGAACCAGAUACGCAUGUUCCAACAUGAUAUCAAAAUGUUGCAGGGCUUUUGUGCAUAUGACUAAAGACAAUUUCAUCAUAAAAGCUCAGACCGUUCACAACCACGACCCUCCUAGAUAUCAUAUCGCUAAAGAUGUUCGCUUUGUGAAGUCUGGUAAUGGAAAGAAAUUAUUAUUGUACAACAGUUAUACCUUCAGCAAACGUGGACAUAACACUCGAAAUAUUAUUGGAUAUGGUUGUUCGAAAAGAAUUAGCUGUGGCUGUCCAGCGAAGUUGACCUUGAAUUCAAAUGGAGAUUUGAGAAGCAUCGACAACAUAAAACACAAUCAUGAACCUUCUCAGCAUAUGAUCACUCCGGACGGAAGAUACGUAACCUUAUAGAUCAUAGUUUCCGAAAAUGGUCCCUACCCCCAAGUGGGCUCUGAAAGGCGGUAGCAAUUGAGAGUCGUUGAUGCUGUCCGGGUGGUGCUAUCAUAUUUGAAAUAAAAACCUAAAUAUGUAUCAGCUACACCCCAUAUUAUUAUUAUAAUAUAUGUAUAAUGCUUUUUCCUUGUGAUUUUUUGUAUA